AUGGGAGUUCCUGAUCCUUUCAGAGACUCUAGCCUCCUUAGGGAGCACGCUUACUACGAUACAGGCGAUGUCGACUACGUAAUACCACCCUCAGAUUCAAAUAAGAAGAUGGGUUUCAUGAGCAUAAAGGAAAGGGGGUUGGGAAAUUUCGACUAUUCCUCUACCAAACCUCUUUACAGUAGCGGUAGCGAAACCGAAGUGGCAGCUUCCCUGUUGCUCUAUAUAUCGUGCAUCCUUUUGGGAGUUUUGGUAGUUUUCACCAUAGUCUUCUACAUAAUAAAAAGCUCUCCUAAGGAAACACUUGCUAUAAAAAGUAAACUCAACAACAUGGUGAAAAAAAGAAACAGAUCUAGUAGAAAAUUGAAAGGUAUUUUACCCAUGUCGCAUACACCAGAUUCUACACCACCAUCAUUAUCGAGCACCCCUGAGCUUUCAGACGUCGAGUCGUUUGAAUCUCCUUCUAGAAACUUCAAGUUUGACACUAUAGUCGAUGAUCUCCUGCAUACCUUAAAGUCAUGGACAGUAAAUGAGUUCGAACUUGAUAACUUGAGAGUACAUUAG